AUGCUGUCCACUUCAAUUGCUCCAUGGCAUACUUGCUGCUAUUAUCCUGUACCUAAAUAUUUGUUCUCCCCAAAUCUCCACCUCCAAAACAAGAAGAAAAUCUCUUUAAGACCAUCAAUACAACUCUGCAUAAAUAACAGUUUCUUCACUUUUACCGCAACAAAAAGUUGUAGCGAAGAUCAGGAAAAGAAUCAGAAGCGUUAUCCGAAAAACGACCCAGAUCAAGAAAAUCCCAAAUUAUGCCAAGAUUUUUACUCUUCAAUUGAGAACCCAAAGGCCCAAUUUAGGGAGAGUGAAAGGGAACCAGAAAGUGAUAUAGAUAGCCUUUUGAGCAUUUCAUCAAAGAUGUGGUGGACAGAUUUCAAAGCUUUCUUGGGUCAAAGAAUUAAUUUGAAAGGUGUUGCUUCUUCUGUGGGAAUUUUGUCCAAAGACAAGCACUUGGCAAUCCCACAUGUUUCUGUGCCUGAUAUACGGUAUGUUGAUUGGGGUGAAUUGAAGAAAAGAGGGUUUAAAGGUGUGGUCUUUGAUAAGGAUAAUACUAUUACCCUUCCUUACUCUUUGAGCUUGUGGGCGCCCCUUGGAUCAUCCAUAGAGCAGUGUAAAUCAUUGUUUGGUAAUGACAUUGCAGUGUUCAGUAACUCUGCAGGAUUAUAUGAGUAUGACCCUGAUGGUGCAAAAGCUAAAGCUCUUGAGGAUGCAAUCGGGAUAAAAGUGAUUAGGCAUAGUGUUAAGAAGCCAGCUGGAACUGCUGAAGAAAUUGAAAAGCACUUUGGUUCUGAGUCUUCAAGAAUUAUCAUGGUGGGUGAUCGGCCCUUCACGGAUAUUGUUUAUGGAAAUAGAAAUGGUUUUUUCACUAUAUUGACUGAACCACUUAGUCUUGAGGGGGAGCCGAUGAUCGUACAGCAGGUGAGGUCUCUUGAAGUGGCUCUGGUGAAUCGAUGGUCCGGAAAAGGGUUGAAGGCAAUCAAUCACAGGCUUCUUCCUGAUCCUGAGAAAUGUGUAAAAGAUGUAACACUCUAA